GUUGUUGUUUUUUCCUUUCAGGACUCUAGGAAGAUGUUCACUAUGCCAAAAUAUUACCAUCAUGUAGAGUCAGGGAACAAGAAGACUGAAGACUACUGACCACAUUCUGGAAGCCUAUAAGCAAAGUCCCAAACAAGCAGAGGCCUACAACUCUACCUUGGAAAAUAGCAUUGACUCUUCCCCCAGGCCUAAUGGAAUGAAUUAUUCUGAGAAUUCUAUAAACCAUAUGGCUCCUAACCAAACCACAGUAAAGACCAACAACUCUAUGUUUUUAUACUUUGAAUCCUGUCCACUGCCUUCUCUAGCCUUAUUAAUCCUAGUCAUUGCCUACAUCAUAGUCAUAAUUGUAGGCCUUUUUGGAAACCUCUCACUCAUCAUCAUCAUCAUCAUCAAAAAGCAGAGAAAGGCUAAAAAUGUCACUAACCUCUUAAUUGCCAACCUCUCCCUGUCUGACAUCUUGAUGUGUGUCAUGUGUAUCCCUUUUACAGUCAUCUAUACUCUGAUGGAUUACUGGAUAUUUGGAGACAUCAUGUGUAAACUGACUUCCUAUGCACAGAGUGUUUCCAUCACUGUUUCCAUAUUUUCAUUGGUCUUAAUUGCUGUUGAAAGGUACCAGCUAAUUGUAAACCCUCGUGGCUGGAAACCUAACAUAUCACAUGCUUACUGGGGCAUCAUGAUCAUUUGGCUGUUUUCUCUCCUGCUGUCAGUUCCCUUCUUGCUAUCUUACCACCUCACUAAUGAGCCCUUCCUCAAUCUCUCCCUCCCCCAUGACCUCUACACUGACCAGAAGGCCUGCAUGGAGGACUGGCCCUCUAAAGGGCACCAGCUCCUCUUCACCACCUCCAUGCUCAUGCUCCAGUACUUCCUUCCCCUGGGCUUUAUCUUUGUCUGCUAUGUGAGGAUCCUGAUCUGCCUGUAUAGGAGGAAUGGGAAGGUGGAAAGGUCCAGGGAGAGUGAAAGUAAGAGGAUAAACAUUGUGUUGAUCUCCAUUAUAGUGACCUUUGGAGCUUGCUGGCUACCCCUCAACAUCUUCAAUGCCAUCUUUGAUUGGUACCAUGAAGCCCUGAUGAUCUGCCACCAUGACCUGGUGUUUGUGGUUUGCCACCUGGUUGCCAUGACCUCUACAUGUGUCAACCCUCUUUUUUAUGGCUUCCUCAAUAAGAAUUUCCAGAAAGAUCUCAUAGUGCUCAUCUGCCAUUGCCGAUGCUUUGCACCUCAAAGGAAAUAUGAAAAUAUUGCUAUUUCUACCAUGCACACAGAUGAAUCCAAAGGGUUCUUAAAAUUAGCCCCUACCCCAGCAGCAAACUAAAAUAUGUGCUGCUUCAGUGUUUUCCAUCUCUCUGAUAUUGGAGAUACUCUUUGUCCAUGUAGCUAAUCAUCUGAACAAGGUCACUUCCUUGGAGGUGAGAAUUCAGACCUAAAAAAAA